CAGUUGGACCUAGAAACAUUGUAAAAUAUCAUGUGUAUUUUGACAACUUUUUUACCAGUCCAGACUUAUUGGUUCAUCUGAAGAAAGUUGGUUUGCGAUCAACAGGAACUGUCAGAGCUAAUAGGAUACAAGUUUUAAAUACAAUAAGUGAUAAAGCUGCAAGAGGGACAUUUAUUGCCAAGCACGAUAAAAAUAGUGGUGUAAACUAUAUUACAGUGAAAGAUUCAAAACAGGUCUCUAUUCUUUCAACAAUGGCAGGAGUUACACCUUGUUCUACGGUCAAAAGAUAUUCUUCGGAGAAGAAGAGAAAGAUGGAAAUAGAAUUUCCCAAAGCGUUCACACUAUAUAACAAGUUCAUGGGUGGGGUUGAUUUGCAUGAUGCCCAUUGCAGUAACUUGAUGCCCUUGCAUAAGGUCAAAAAAGUGGACUUGGGUCAUACUGAUGAGGCUUAUUCAAGCAUCAAUUGCAAAUGCAACUGUCAUAAGAAACUUGGUGAACCCUGUAAAAAAAUUGGAACCAAAGAGUUGGGUUUAGCCAUUGCUGAGGCGUAUUUGACGAAAUCUAACCCAAAAUCAAAGUGUCACAAAAUUAAAAGAGUUGACUUAAAAAAAAUUGUUUAA